AUGCCUGGCUGGCUCAACGACAUCGCCGUAGUCAGGGUUUCGCCACCUUUUUCAAUUGAUGGCGUCAGAGUGGCGCCAAUACAGCUGCCAGAACAGGGGGAGCAGGUUCCAGAUGGCGCCAACGUCACCGUCAUCGGCUGGGGAGACCUCUGGUACCAGGGGCCGAGUCUAGAUGGCCUGCGCAAAGUGGACAUACAAGUAAUAAACGAAGAGGAAUGCGAGGCAGUGUGGAAUGAGCGUGGCUACCCUGUCUACCCUACACAGAUCUGCGCUGCUCGUUUCGAGGACCUAAACUACGGCUCGUGCCACGGUGACUCAGGGGGCCCACUACUCUACGAGGGGAAGAUUGUGGGACUGGUGUCGUGGGGCCACGAAUGUGCAGUGCCUCCCUACCCCACAAUCUGCACACGUGUCUCCAGCCACGUAGAUUGGAUCACUGAAAGGACCAGUGAUUGA